AUGGGAAACCGCUCCCGCAGCAAGCGGUACGAGAUCAACGAGGCCCUUGAGGGUGCUUCGCUACCAAAGAUCGGGGCCUACGAUGUAUCGUUGCCCACCGUCAAAGACCCACAUGGCUACCUCGCCAUGUACCUCGAGGAUAAGAAUGCCAAGUCCUGUGUGUCGCUGCACGACAAGCCGCCACCCCUGCCUCCGCCCCGCCAGUUCAAACCCUCUCUCGUCCAAACCCGCAGCUGGAUCGACGACGAGGACAAGCAUUGGCUCGACCGUAGUCUGAGCGUGAUUGAUGCCAAAGCGGUGCGCGCAUGCGUGAGCGACCACCAGCGCAUCAAUAGUGAGCUGGUAGCGCUCCACGCCAAAGUGGCGGCGGCCCACGAAGCCCUCGCACGGGAGCAGGUACAGCGCAAGGAGCUGCUCGCUGCGAUCGCGGGUGCGGAGGCACUCGCUCCGGUGUGCCACGACCGCAGAGCCACGCACGAGACACAGCUUCGCGUGCUCGAGAACGCGAUCGCGUCGACAGCCGCCGACAGUCGCAAGCAGCGGGCGCAGGUUGCUGCCGCCAAAGUGGCCCUGGAGGCCGUGCAGCAGCGCCUCCACAGCGGGCGCACGGCUGUGGCUGAGGAAGCCGCCAUACGGGACGCGGUCCAGCACGAGCACGCUACAAGAGAAGCCGUGUCGGCGAGUGUCGCGGCCGCGAUGCAGCGCAUGGAGGUCGAGGCAUUGCGGCGCGACGCCGCCUUGCGCGAGAUCCAAACGCAAUGCGACGACGAAGCCAAGCGGCUGGCGCACCUCAAGCGGGAGGCCAAGGCGAGCGCGACGCGAUGCCAAAGCGUCGCACAGUUCGUGUCGCAGUGCACGCGCGAGUACGCCGAGCGCGGCUUUGCACUUCCUCCGAUCGAGCGCUGAAGAUGAGGAGUUUGCACAAGCCUCCGAGCACAACCGUGCUGCAUUCAACGCGGCGCGGCCACAGGCCAACGUAAGCCGCUACGACCCCGCCGCAGGGUGUCGACCCGCCUUUAGCAAGGAACGUCGUCGCUACUUGCGUAAAAUCAACCAAAUGAAACGUUGACACGCUCGACGG